AUGGAGCGAUGUUUUGAGGUUAAUCAUAGUACUAUUCAAGAUGCGUUUGUGCAAGAUGCCCCACGCGCUGGCCGGCCAACUAAGCACGAUCAGCCAACAACGGCUACGACUACCCUCCUAGUAAAGAAAUCUUGUACUGAUCUUGCUGGUGAGCUUAGCAAGGAGGGAAUCAAUAUCUCUGUUGCGACGAUUUGGCGUAUCCUCAAAAACGCUGGCCUGCAGAAAAUGAAGCCGACUCGGAAGGCUGGGUUGACGAAGAAGAUGAAAGCUGGCCGGAUUGCUUGGUGUCUUGAACACCAAUCUCGGACACUUGAUGACUGGAAAAGCGUGAUAUGGUUAGAUGAAAAGGUUGUUCCACUAUAUUGA